AUGGCGGCGCUUUGCAAGCUCCACAAGGAGUGGCGAGAGCUUUGCGACCGGGAUCCCAAAGCCAACAUCUCCAUGUCCUUCAACCGCGUCUACGAGUAUGUGGGUGUCGCCGUCGAGAGCGCUCUCGCCACCAAGCACUCUGACCGCCUGCGGGUCCUCAAAGAGGUGAACGCCAGGUCCUCUGUCACCAGCGGGCACAAUUUGCUCGUUCGCGCCGAGUCGAGAGUGCUCGUUGGCAUGGUACGGUUGGAGCACCUUUUCCUUUGUCUUGGCUACAAGCUGAAGAGUGGUCGACCGAGCCUGCAGGAGUCCGAGGAGGACUGCUAUGUACAGCCGCCUAGAACCAGCUCAAGUUCCUCCGUGGAAAGCGAUGUCUCGAUGGCAGUGCCCGAACUCAUCGACUCCGCAGAGGUCUAUCGCCUGUACAGGGGUGCUUGCGGCGCCGAGGGGGACAUCCAGGAAAGAUGUCGGAUCUGGGUCGAUUUCACGCGAUUGCAGAUUGCAGUUGCCGAGUACAACACCCCCGCAUCCCCUACAAAUUGCAUUUCUCUGCUGGACAUAACUUGGUGUCACUGCGAUGCGCUGGACCAGGACUCCUCCUGGCUCUACCGCAUUGACGUUUUCAGCCGGAACCCUCCGAAAGGAGGAGCUUCUCCGACACGCCAGACAAGGCCGGAACCCAUGCAGAAGCCUAGAAUUAGCGUUGCAGGGUCCUCGACCACAUUGCAAGAAUUCGGACUCGCGCUACAAAAGCUGCUGAAGUCUCGGGACAACGAAGGUCACGGCCGCCUAUACUUCAUCCAGAAGCGAUUGUUCCAAUAUCUCUGGAGAUCGGUCCAGCUGUCAGUCAGCGAGGAUCGCUUGGUUGAGGCGCAAGCAGUGCUGGCUUUCAACCUCAAUCCCAAGGAAGGCAUUGCCUAUUUAAAGCGAAAGUUGAAAAAGGACACCGAUGACGAGAUCGGUGAGUGGCUCUCCCAGGUAUGCACCGAACGUGGUGGUCUUGAUCCGACCAUGCUAGGAGACUACUUCAGCAGGCGAGAUACACUGCAGAUCUUUUGGAGCUUUGUCAGCCGCAUUGACUUUUCCAAGCAGGAUCUGGUCUCGGCACUUCGACAACUCUUCGACACGUUCAAGCCCGGAGGAGAGGGACAAGUGAUCACCCGCAUUCUGGAGUAUUUUGCGGAGUCCUACUUUCUGCAAUGGCAGAAGCAAGCCGACUCCGCCAGCAGUUUGAACUACAAGUCUUCCGACACUGUCUUUCAGGUGGCCGUCAGCCUCAUUAUGCUGAAUACAGGCCUGCAUGUGGCCAGCAAGAAGCUGAAGAAGGCGAAUACAGCAGCGAUGACCUUGGAGGAGUACAUCUCCAACACAAGGCGCCUGGUUUCCGAGGAGGAGGUCCCGAACGAGGCCCUGAGGACCUGGUUCGAGGACAUCAGUUGUACAGAGAUCUCCGUGGAACCCAUGCCCCGCACGCCCUUCUCCAAGCUGCCCGUCCAGCCGAAUAUCGAGGGAUGGCUCAUUGCUGUGAUGGAGGGUGCACGUCGCUUGCGAUUUUGGGCCGUGCUGGUGCUCCAGCGCAUCUAUCUCUUUUCCGAUUCGCAGGGCGAUGUUGAUCCUGAGGAUGUCAUUGACUUGAAGGAUGUUGCAGUUGCAGCACUCGCAGAAGCUUCGCCGCACUUACGAAGAGCCCUCAAAUCCUAG